AUGGCUUCCGCAGAAAUGAAAGAUACUGCCUCACCUUACAAGGUGGAGGCAUCUAACCAGACACUCUCAUCGCCACCCUCCGUCAACUCGUCAGACCAGACGAAGACAGCCCAAGAAGAUGAAGAAGCUCAAACAACAGUGACCAAAAAGACAAAGCCAGCUUUCAAUAGAGAUUAUCGCUUCUGGAUGAUCAUGGUUACUUUAGUCCUGGCAACACUCCUUGCAUCUCUCGAAGCAACAGUCGUCAUUACUUCUCUUCCAACAAUCGUCGAGAGUCUCAAUCUUGGAAGUAGUUACAUAUGGGUUACCAAUGUCUUCUUCCUCACCACAGCUUGUGUCCAACCCCUGUUCGGCCAACUCUGUAACCUCUGGGGACGCAAGAAAGUCAUGAUGUUCAUCUUUGCUACAUACACACUCGGAAGUGGUAUCGCAGGUGGUGCUAACGGCGGCGCAAUGCUCAUCGCUGGGCGUGCUAUUCAAGGUAUCGGUAGUGGUGGAGUCACUAUGGUAAACGAUGUGAUCAUCUCUGAUCUGGUACCACUUCGAUAUAGAGGAAACUACAUCGCUAUACUUCUAUUAGUAGCGACUAUUGGGUUUGCCGUUGGACCUUUUCUUGGUGGCGUUAUUGUUGAGAACACGACUUGGAGAUGGGUAUUCUACCUCAAUCUUCCCAUCGGAGGUGUUGCUAUCGUCGUCACAUACUUCUUCCUAAACCUCCAAUACGAUCGAACUCAAUCGACCAUGGAUAAACUUCGUCGCAUUGACUACAUUGGCAACGCUAUUCUCAUCGCAUCAAGCGUCUCGAUUCUCAUUGCCCUUACUUGGGCAGGUCCCGUUUAUCCUUGGUCCGAUGCUCGAAUCCUAGCUCCCCUGAUAAUCGGUCUCGUCGGCCUUGUCGGUUUCGUUAUAUAUGAAGCCUCAGGAAUUCCCUCGGAACCUGUGAUGCCCAUUCGCCUAUUCCCAGGUCGCACAUCAUAUAUCGUGUACAUCAACACGUUUCUCAAUAUGUUGUUAAUCCAAUGGUGUUACUUCUUCUUACCGUUGUACUUCCAAGCUGUCAAGUUAUCAACACCUUCACGGUCAGGAGUGCAAAUGCUCCCCGUUGCUCUCAUCGCUAUCCCAGGGGCAGCGCUCUCUGCGGUAGUUCUCUCAAAAUGGGGCAAGUAUAAGAUGCUUCACGUAUCAGGCUUCUUCCUUAUGACACUAGGUGUCGGCCUCCUCGGUCUUCUUCACGAAGACAGUCCCCCUGCUGCUUGGAUCUUGCUGCAGUUCAUUCCAGCUAUUGGCUCCGGCUUUCUUCUGAAUACCCUUUUGCCUGCUUUUCAGGCAGCUACUGAGGAGGAAGACCAAGCUGCUGCUACAGGAAAUUGGACUUUCAUGCGUUCUUUCGGCUCUGUGUGGGGUGUAGCCAUCGCUGGAUCCAUAUUCAACACGUACACGAAGCGGUAUUCGCACAUGAUUGAUAAUGAACUGGCGCGAGAAAUGCUCAGCUCAGGAGAUUCUUACCAGAGUGCGACACGAGCUUUCGUUCUACAAUUUGACGAGGUUGUUCAGUCUCAAAUUCGACGCGUUUUUAUGUUGUCGUUGAGUAAAGUCUAUGUUAUCUCUGUAGCGUUUGGCGGGCUUGCUUGGGUACUCUCUCUGUUUGAGAAAGAUGUUCCUCUGCGAAAAGAAUUGGAUACACAGUACGGUUUGGAUGAGAAGGCACCUGUUGAGCAGAAGAAAGAAGAGGCAUUGUAA